AUGGUGUCUGCUGCUCUUGCGAUUGGGAACGAUAUCAAUUUAAAUCGAGUGCUGGUAAAGGAUAUCAACAUGCAAAAUCCCAACAACUUAGAAGAAGAGAAAGCAGGUAAUCUAAUCCGCCACAUUUGCCCAAGAAAAACCCAGGGCCUCACUGCCCAAAUCUCGAAUAAAUACCUUUCGAUCGGUCGACUUGUGGAUAUUGAGACCCGAAGAUCUCGUCUCUGCAUCAAUUACGCCAACGAAAAUAUCCAGCAGUAUUUUGUCAAGCACAUCUUCAAGCUCGAGCAGGAGGAGUAUUUGGCUGAAAACAUCAACUGGACGCACAUAAAUUUCCAGGACAAUCAGGAAGUACUGGACUUGAUUGCAUAUCGUCCACUCAACAUACUAUCACUCAUUGACGAGGAAAGCCGUUUUCCCCAGGGUACGGAUGAGAGUUUCCUCAACAAACUGAACAGUCGUCACUCUAAUACGCCAAAUUACGUGCGGUCGUUGUCCACGGCGGAAAAAGUAAGUUUUACUUCUCAAGUUGUGCAGAGUAUUUUUUUGAUUUUUUAA